AUGCUGUCUUUGUCCAAUCAUUCAUCAAGAAAUGUUUUCAACAUGGAAAUUAAAGAAGAAGAAGAAAUUACAUCUCGUUCGUUAUUAGAGUCUUUUAGUUGUAAGAAAUCGGAUGCUUUUCAAAGUAGACAAAUCAUUCAACGAGAUUCCUCUUUAAGAGAAGUCAACUCUCGGAAAAGUGCUUCAUCCUCUUCUUCAUCCACAACUACCUUUCAAGCCUCUAAAUCCGAUUCAAAUAAUCAUUUACAAUUUUCCAAAAAUGGAAUUCAAAAGAAAAAAUCAAAGAGAAACGCAUUCACUGCCACACGUAAUUCUGUAGCUUGUUUAAGCAUUUCUUCAAAUAGAAUUACACAUACAUUGAACCAUGAAAAGAGACUAAUGGAUAGAAUUAAGAAUUUGCAAAUGCCAAGAUUGAAUUAUGUCACCAAACAAAAAGGUUGUAGCGUGGAGAGGCCUGUACAACAAGAGAAAUCACAAACGAAUUCCAAUCUAAAUUUUUCAAGCACCCAUAUAUCAACCAAAUCAAAGAUAGGUUCUGUACGUUCAAUAAUAGAUGUAAAUGCACAAAGUCAACACAUUGAGGAGGAAAUGGACAACUUUUUAGAAGAGGCAAACCAAGAAAACUCUGAAGAGCAAAACAACGAGCAUGCUUGCAAUGUCGAGGAACGGAACAAUGAGCACGAUACAUUCAUGGAUACACAUCAAGAUGAGGAAGAGUUGGAGCAAGAGACGAGUGAAACAUCACCAAGUGAGCAUGAUGGUUAUGAAAUUUCAGAAGAUGAAGAUGACGAUCAUCAAAUUCUCAACAAUCACUCACUCUCAUCAGAUGAAAGUGAUGAUGCUUCGAAUAAGAAAAUUUAUGAAAACAAAAAACAAGUACUUGUAAAACGAGAAGGGCAUAAUGACAUGACUUUAUGGGUACGAAUGGAUAUGUCAUUCCAUAAUUUUAAACGUAAAUUGUGUAAACGCUUGGGUUUGAAACCUUCUCGUCAAAUAUUAGAAAUAUUUGGAGAGCCUCAAUUUGAACACAGAAGGUUUAUCACUGUGGAGGAUUUGUGUCAACUGUUUAACGUUGGCGACACUCAACAAUUAGAAUGCCAACUUUGUCCUAUUGAAAUUGAGGUAGUAGAUGAUUAA